AUGAACUAAAAUACAGAAAAUUUCUUCUAACAUAUGUAUUCCAAAGCAGGAAAAUCAAGCUCAUAAAUAUUUGCUCAUUUAUUGGGUAAAGCUAGCAAAUAGUAAUCGAUAUAAAAACAAAGUGAUGUUUAAUCUAUUGUAAUAACACCCUGUCAAUCACCUAAAAAACCCUAAAGAUAAUAACCUUUUAGUUUAGGUUUGUCUAGAGAAUAUAUGCAAAAAUUAUAAAAUUAAGGAAAACCUAAUAUGCCUAUUGGAGUUUACAAUCCAAAAUAUUCUGUGAUUUAAAAGUAAAGAAUAUAACUAUUAAGAAAGUCUGAUUUAGGUGGUAAAUUUGCUGUUGAACAUAAAAUUAUGAUAAAAUAAGGCAAUGAAUCUUAAACAUCAAUUGAUUCAAGCAAUACUUAAAGUAGAAGAACAAAAGGAUUUGUAGAUCUUAAGAGACAACUGUCAAGAGAACAAUCGAAUAGAUAUUAAAAUGCUUCUUCAAAUGCUACUUUGAAUUAGUUUUUAUCAAUUGAUACUAAUUCAAUUAGAGCGUAUUAUGUUGUUUAUAACAUCAUUUUAGAAGACCUAGAAGUGCUCAUUUUAAAGGUUCUGGACAUUCUUUAAAUAUUAACAAAUAUAAUUGUUUUUAAUCAUUUUAUGAUGCUGAUUACGAGGCUGGUAAAAGAAAAAUAAGUUUUGUUGGUCCUGGAUUUGAAAAAUAAACAGUUAGGAAAUCUCUAAUGAAUAAAUCUGUUUGUUUAAGAGAGUAAUCAAUUUAUCAAUAUGAUCAAUUUUCAAAUAAAAAUUCAAUUGUACAUCCAAAUACUAAAAAUGUCAUGAUUGAUUUUAAGAAAAUAUUAGGAAGGACACAUAAAAAUGAAUAAUGCAUACCUAGUCAUAUGUCUAAGACAAAUAGAAGUAGAAUUAUGAUUGAAACACUUAAUUAAAAAAUGCUAGAACUUAAUGCAUCAGCUCAAUGA